AUGAACAAACAUGACGGCAAAUCCCCAUACAAAUGCCGCAAACGGUGCAACCGGAGCUUCGUCGGAAACGUCAACCGGUACAUCCACGAGAUGCAGUGCGCCAAGGAACCGCAAAAGUGUCCCAUAUGCAACUACGACCUGAAGAGUAAGCGAGCCCUGGCGGACCACAUGAUAGCGGUCCACGGAGAGGCCAAACAUGCCUGCGGCGAGUGUGGAAUGCGGUUUCGGCGGGGGUCUUGGUUGACGCAGCAUCGUGUUAAGCUUCACGGUGCAUCGAUCCUCAAAACGGCACAGAACCUGCCGGUGGCAAGUUGUUCCGCAAAGCAGGUGGUUACCACCGCGGAAUCCGACUCGCAGUUCAAGUGUGACGAAUGCGGGAAAACUUUCACGCACCGACCGUUGAUGCAGUACCAUAAGCGGCGAAUGCAUCCGGUGCAGAAUUGA